UGCCAGCUGAGCCGCGGGUCAGAGACCGAGCGGCUUCGGCAGUUUUCAGAUCAGCCAGCGAGCGAAAGUUGGAGAAGCGGAGGCGGCAGCAGAUGUGCGCUCGGCACCAGCCUGGGGGACGUCACACCGGGUCACAGGCUGUACAAUCCUCGGCAGUGUUCUGAGACUGUACGGUCCCGACCCCGCUCCGACCUCGGACCCUGAAGUUGCCGCCGGACUGGUUUUCUUUGAUGACAUGAUCCGUCAGAGCUCCGCUCCGAAGCCGUGACUUCCACGGAACCUGCAGCUUUUGGUUUUUAACCGGUUGUGACUCUAAACUUGGACGUAACGCGCGCCCGUGGUGGAAUUACAGCGCUGAGAUUGUGCGUAAAAGGAGACAAGGCGCGAGAUGAUGAGCGCAGAGAAGGACAGAAAGAGGAGCAGCUCGGAGCGACGUAAGGAGAAGUCUCGGGAUGCGGCUCGCUGCAGACGCAGCAAGGAGACGGAGGUUUUCUACGAGCUGGCUCACCAGCUGCCACUACCCCACAACAUCAGCUCCCACCUGGACAAGGCCUCCAUCAUGAGGCUGGCCAUCAGCUUCCUGCGCACACGCAAGCUCGUCUCCACAGGCUGCUGCGGCGCUGACACUGAGGAGGACAGACAGAUGGACGGCCUGUACCUGAAGUCUCUCGAGGGCUUCGUUACCGUGGUGACGUCCGACGGCGACAUGAUAUUCCUGUCGGAGAACAUCAACAAAUUCAUGGGGCUCACACAGGUGGAGUUAACUGGUCACAGCAUUUUUGACUUCACGCAUCCAUGUGACCACGAGGAGAUCAGAGAGAACCUCAGUCUGAAGGCAGCAGGCAGCGGCUUCGGUAAAAAGGGCAAAGAGCUGAGCACGGAGCGAGAUUUCUUCAUGAGGAUGAAGUGCACGGUGACCAACAGAGGACGCACUGUCAACCUCAAGUCAGCCAGCUGGAAGGUGCUGCACUGCACCGGACACCUGAAGCUGUACAGCAGCUGUGCUCCCAGAGUCCUCUGCGGCGCCCAGGAGCCGCCGCUCGCCUGCGCCGUCCUCAUGUGCCAGCCCGUCCCGCACCCGUCCAACAUGGACGCGCCGCUGGACAGCAGGACCUUCCUGAGCCGCCACAGCAUGGACAUGAAGUUCACCUACUGCGACGAGAGGGUAACGGAGUUGAUGGGUUACACUCCUGAGGACCUGCUGGGACGCUCCGUGUACGACCUCUACCACGCGCUGGACUCAGACAGCGUCACCAAGAGCCACCACAACCUGUGCUCCAAGGGUCAGGCCGUGACUGGUCAGUACCGGAUGCUGGCUAAGACCGGAGGCUACGUCUGGGUGGAAACCCAGGGAACCGUCAUUUACAACAGCCGGAACUCCCCAGCCAAGUGCAUCGUGUGCAUCAACUACGUCCUCAGUGACAUUGAGGAGAAGUCAAGGAUCUUCUCCUUGGAGCAGACGGAGUCACUGUUCAAGCCGCAUCACAUGAACAGCUUCUUCACAGGUUUGACCGCAGAGUCCGGAGACGCCCUCUUCACCAAACUCAAGGAGGAACCGGAGGACCUGGCCCAGCUGGCGCCGACGCCUGGGGACACCAUCAUUUCCCUCGACUUCGGUCGCCCCGAGUUCGAUGAGCCCCAGCAGCCGGCAGGAUACGCCCAGGUGUCAGCCGAGGCCAUGCUCCCUCCAGCGCCUCCGUCCUGGGCCGGCGACAAGCACCAAGCCGCCCCCCCAGCGGGUCAGACCCCGGCUCCGGCGCCGGUGGACAUGGCCGGCAUCGCCAGCCCAUUCACCGUGCAGCAGAGUCUGCCCCCAGACAGCGCCACCCCGAGCCUCAGCAGCUGCUCCACGCCCAGCAGCCCAGGUGACUACUACAGCUCUGUGGAGUCCGACCUGAAGGUGGAGCUCACGGAGAAGCUGUUUGCUCUGGACACCGAGGGCGGCGGCGGCUCUGCAGACACAGAGAGUGACAUGGACCUGGAGACGCUGGCUCCAUAUAUUCCCAUGGACGGAGAAGACUUCCAGCUGAAUCCCAUCAUGCCAGAGUCGGAGCCUAUCGAGGCGUCUUCAGCCGGACCCCUGGGGAGCAGCGGCAGCCUGGCCCAAACCCACCGGGCCACCCCACAGAGCUUCAGCAACAUUGCCAGCCUCUUCCAGCCCCUGUCGCCGCCACCUCACCCUCAGGCCCACUACCCGCCCCAGCAGCCGGCGUCCUGGUCGUCAGGGGAGAAGAGGAGCUCCGGCCAGAGGAACAUGGACCGUCGAACGGAGGCCUACAUGAUGGGACGCAUGCAGAAUCCACCGUACCAGGCGCCUGCCAGCACCCCUCUGUCCUCCAUGGGGGGCAGGCAAAACCUGCAGUGGCCUCCAGACCCUCUGUUAACAUACCAGCAACACGCACGAGCCAGCAAGGCCUAUGGGAUAGACGCUUUGUCUGGGGACGAUCGUCCGUCCUGCCAGCAGGGCCUGACGCACCUCAUGCAGAAACAGAGGUCCACUGACCGCUUCGUACAAGCCUACAGAGACAUGAGUCCAAGCAGACUGGCCGUGAGCAACAGCAUCAAGCGCUCCUUCAACCAGAUGGUGGCCGAAUGCAAGCCACCAGAAGUCCUGUGGAAGAAGAUGAGAAGGGACGGCUGUGGCAUCAUGGACCGCUCCCUCAGCGCAGGAUCCCUGGCAGACUUGGGGAUGGGCAGGAUGGCACCGGGCAACGUGUCUUCGUGUCUCAGCUCUCUGCAACAACACAGGAAGUCUCAGCAUCCAGGAAAUGGGAUCGUUGGUGCAAAGAAAAUGUUUCCCCAAAAGAGCUGUUGCUUCAGAGAGUAUAACCCGCUGCCUUCCAGCAAGUCUGAAGGUAUAGCCAGCCGUUUGCUGGGCCCUUCCUUCGAGACCUGCUGUCUGCCGGAGUUGACCCGUUACGACUGCGAGGUGAACGUUCCACUGCAGGGAAACCUGCACCUGCUCCAGGGCUGUGACCUGCUGAGAGCCCUGGACCAGGCCACCUAGAGCCCGCCUUCCACCCCAGCCGCAGACCAAGACUCAACCUCUGUACCUUCCUUCCUCUGGGCUUCGUAGGUGCCCGGAGGCUAAGCUACCUAUAGGAACUGGUAUUCAUGUAACCACAUCCUGCCUUAGCCUUAUUUAGCUCAUUAGGUCGGGCCCACGUGCUGUUCCCUGUCCUUUGUAGAGUUCUGUACCUAGACAAUCUAUUCACGUGAAGAUAUCAGGGUCAACCACUCACACCUGUACCCCCAGCUUCUAAGCUGACAGUGUAGAACAGUUGCUGUGCAAUGACACAAACAACAACACGAUUCUGAAAAGAUGGACCGAUCUGAAGGUCUGGACGGCGAGGUAUCGCUGGUGAUCAGGUUCGGAUGGACAGGCUCACGUGAAGCCAUGAGAGGACCAGCGCUAAGCCCCCACACUGCAACCCCACACCCACAACUAGCAGCUGUGUCAGACUUGGCACAGUGGGAUUCGAUGACCAAGGCUCCUAACGGGCCUAGAACCAGACCCAGUCUCCUUCACUGUUCUUUUACUCCAAGCAGCCCAUUUAUGUAGAUCCUGUCCAUCAAGCAACAAAUGGGUAUCAUGACCUGGUUCUGAAUUGCUGCCAUUUUUGAACCCAAUAGGAGCCGAGGACUCGUAGGUUCUGCUAAACCUUCCAAAGAUGACUUUAAAUCACUGCAGUGCAAUAUCUGGACUCCAGCACUUUAAUUAGCUGCCCCACAUGAAUUCAACCAGGGGAGACGCUCCCGUUAGCUGCUAUAAAGCCAACUGUUCCCAGCUUUUGCUUUGCUUCAGAACUUUGAGAGAGCU